CACAGCCGGCGGCCGAGCCAGCAGGAGCCAAGUCAAAUGAGCCAGAUCAUUCCGCCCGACCACAACGACUAUGAACGAGGCCGAUCCACGGCUAGCCCCGUAAAGAGCGAGGGCGCCAGAGAUGCUCCCAGCAGGAUGCUGUCGAAGCGGAAGCAGGCUGCAACCUCGGACGACAGCACUGCGACAAGCACCGCCGCCCCUGCCGCCGCCGCCGCGCCCGCGAAGCGCCAAAGAGUCAGCCGUGCCUGCGACCAGUGCCGCGCUGCCCGCGAGAAGUGCGACGGCAUCCAGCCUCUCUGCUUCCCCUGCGUCAGCCAGAACAGGAAGUGCACGUACCGGACCUCGCCCAAGAAGCGCGGAGUCCAGACAGGCUACAUCCGCGCCCUCGAGGUAGCCUUGGGCUGGCUGUUUGACAAGAACCCCGGCUGCGAGGAUGCCCUGAACAAACUGCUCGCCCACGAGGGCGGCCAGGCCAAGGCACUCCUUAUCGCUGACGCCCCUGGGCCGGGGAGUCGCCUUCAUCAGCGCUGGCUCAAGAGCUCGGCCUGUCUCGAGCUGGACCGGAUCCUUUCGGGCGGCGAACCUACCCGACGAGAUCCCGCGACAAUCGGGAGCCGUGAGGACGACGCGUCCGCUAGUGAGAAUGAAGCCGAUGCCGAGCCACGCCGAGGCGAUAUCGGGAAGGUGGCAGUUGCUGCAUCGCGCCCAGCGCCCGCCUCACACGAGAGCGAUUCUCCCAUCCCGCGAAUACUGCCCACCAAUCAUGCCCGGUUCCGGCUGCCUCCGAACCAUUGGCGGCUGUUGGACUUGUACUUUUCGUAUACGCACUGCUGGUUCCCCAUCGUGGAGAAGCAGGAUAUCCUCAAGGUGACAUACGGCUAUCCAGGGGCUGGCCUCGACCUUGCGCCGACUCACCCAAGCGCGCCGACGCAUGCCGAGCUGUGGGCCAUCCUGGCUUUUGCUGCUUGCCAAGCCCCGGCGACGGCGGAGCCCGCCAUCGACCCAGCCGAGGCGUACUGUACGGCGCGCCGGCUGAUGCCCUCGGACAACGGCCCGUUUCAAACUUCUCACAUCAACGCUCUUCUUCUGCUAUCGCUAGUCAACCUGGGGAGCGAUAAUGUUGUCACGGCAUGGAUGCUCAUUGGAAAUGCUGUUCGCAUUGCCCUCAGCCUCGGCCUCGGCCAGGUAGAAACACAUGCAGCUUUGCCCGAGAAGCACCGCCGGGCAUUUAUGGGGUGCUUCAUACUUGAUACUAUUGUCUCUGCGAGGACGGGGUGGCCCCAGCACUUGAGGAGCGACACCCUGGCGAGGCUCUCGCCGCCUAUGGACGAUAUAGAUGAGUGGCAGCCAUGGCAGCCGUGCCGGGGCAUCGGGCCCGGCGCGGAGCCACAGGCUCGCGGGAUCCCUUUGCCGGCACAAGCACUCAGCUCUUUCCGCCUGAUGUGUGAUCUGUGCCGAGCCUUGUCCACAUCUGCAUCACCAAACACCGCGGCCCCGACCCAGAUCGCAGUUGAUUCGGCAUAUCAACACCGAAGCUUCGUGUUGGCCGGGACGCAGCCCCCCAGCCAGAUCCCCUCGCCAUACUUGCUUCGGCUUCUGUACCUGGUAGUCCAGGCUAAGCGCCAUGGUAUUUCUUUGAUGGCACAAACUCCCCCGUCAGCCCUCCGGGAGGCCAUGUCACACGUCGAAACGUACGCGGCGCAGCACGGCAUGACCAUGGCCACUCCGCUCUUCUCCACCUGCCUGAUAGUUAUGCGCAGAUGCUGCGUAGGGUCAUUGGCUUCAUCCCUGACGGAACAGGAUGUGGCUCGUCUGGCAUCGCUGGAGAGCACAUUACUGAACACGUGGCGCCGGGGCAACCCGCUACCUGCCCAUUCUACCGCUAUCCUCCCCGAGAGAAGCGCAGACCCAAGCAAGAACCGACAGGUGAUUCCCUCUCGUGGGCCCCCGCCGCAUACGCCCAAGUUGGACGGCCCUACACAACAACCUCAGUACUACGCCCCAGUCUACCAGCCCGUAUUUUCCCGCCCGGACGGGCCCGUCCAGCCCGUCGGUAUAUAUGGUGUCGGCGCCUCAUUGAUGCCGUCAAUAUCAUCCAUGCAGAACAGCGCUUGCGGCGGCGGCGUUGUGUCGGCCUACAACUACGAUACUCUUCUUGACGACUUGGCGUCAUCAAUCGAUUGCACGGACCGCGUCGACGCCGACACCCAAUUUAUGGCCAAUCUUGGGUUUGCCCCGGGCGCAGACCUCACAGACUUGCUGCGAGGAAACUUUGGGGGCGUUUGACGGUUUCGCCGUGUUCAUGGUGUAUAUACGCUAUUAUUUGUCAAGCGCGCACAGACGAUUAACCACAGAUCUGCAGUGUAAAACUGCAGCUGACUAUGAUCCGACUAUGAAGCAUACAGGCGUGGUUCGUCCCCUCUUCCAUCUAUUCAUAUGCUCUUCACUUCUCAA